GUGUUCCGUGCAGAGAAACAAAAACGUGAGACUUUUGUGUGUGGUUGUCGAUAAAUUGCGCACUUUUCAGCGAGAAAAAGCAAAUUUCCCGUGACAAAAGGUGAUCAAUUGUGCGACAGAAGUGCCCAAGCAUAGGAAGAGCGGAUAUAUUGGUGGAAAAGCGGCGCAGUGUGUGUCAGAGAAGGAAUUGAAAAUUCGCACAUUCUCCCUGACUUGGGUCGUUCUAAAAUGGCGUCAAUAGAUCCACAUUCUAAAAAUCGCAUGCAAGGCUUCAAAAACAAAGGAAAAGAUCAAGAUGAAAUGCGAAGGCGCCGGAACGAGGUGACGGUAGAGCUGAGGAAGAACAAGCGCGAGGAGACGAUCCUGAAGCGUCGCAAUGUGCCCGUCGUGGACUCCACAGAUGAGGAUGACAACCUGUCGUCGCUGAAUCUGUACAAAUUGGUGGAGAAUGCCUCGGACGCAUCGAAUCCGGACAAGCAGCUGGCGGCAGUGCAGAGUGCCCGUCGUCUCCUUUCAUCUGACCGCAAUCCGCCGAUCGAUGACCUGAUCGCCAGCGGCAUCUUGCCGACGUUGGUGAAGUGCCUGGAGCGGCACGAUCAGUCGAUGUUGCAAUUCGAAGCUGCCUGGGCGCUGACCAAUAUCGCCUCCGGCACGUCCUUACAGACGAACGAGGUGGUGCAGGCGGGCGCUGUGCCCCUUUUCCUGCAGCUCCUCGCGUCGCCGGCGCCGAAUGUGUGUGAGCAGGCAGUGUGGGCACUGGGCAACAUCAUCGGCGACGGCCCACACCUCAGGGACUAUGUGAUAAAACAUGGCGUGGUGCAGCCGCUGCUGUCCUUCAUCAAAGCCAACACGCCGAUUCCCUUCUUGCGCAACGUCACGUGGGUGAUUGUGAAUUUGUGCAGGAACAAGGAGCCUCCGCCACCCACGGCCACCAUCCUGGAGAUUCUGCCCGCGCUCAACGUUCUCAUCCACCACACGGACAUCAACAUCUUGGUGGACACAGUGUGGGCGCUCAGCUAUCUCACGGACGGUGGCAACGAGCAGAUUCAGCUCGUCAUUGACUGCGGCGUCGUGCCGAAACUCAUACCGCUCCUCGCUCACAUGGACGUCAAGGUUCAGACGGCCGCCCUGCGCGCCGUGGGCAAUAUCGUGACUGGCAGCGAUGAUCAGACUCAAGUGGUGCUCAACUGUGACGCUCUGUCGUAUUUCCCGGCGCUGCUGAGCCACCAGAAGGAGAAGAUCCGCAAGGAGGCGGUGUGGUUCCUGUCCAACAUCACCGCUGGCAAUCAGACACAGGUGCAGGCCGUGAUCGAUGCCGGUCUGUUGCCGAAGAUCAUCGAGAAUCUGGCCAAGGGUGAGUUCCAGACGCAGAAGGAGAGCGCCUGGGCCAUCAGCAACCUCACCAUCAGCGGCAACAGGCACCAGGUGUGGCGUCUGGUGGAGGAGGGCGCUAUUGCGCCCUUCUGCGAGCUCCUCACCUGCCGCGACACGCAGGUCAUCAAUGUUGUGUUGGAUGGCAUUCACAACAUGCUGAAGAUGGGCGGCUCUCAUGUGGGUGAGAUUGCUGGCAUGAUUGAGGAGUGCGAUGGGAUGUCGAAGAUUGAGGAGCUGCAGAAUCACGAAAAUGUAGACAUUUACAAGUUGGCGUACGAAAUUAUUAGGCAAUUCUUCAGUGAAGAGGUUGAAGAGAACGAAACGAUGAUUGUGUUCGAUCAGGAUGUUCCAAUUGAAGGAUUCAAGUUUUAAUGCAAUGCUCUAUAUAUGAAAAAGAAGCCAACAAGCAACACACACACACACAGCAGACACACGGAAUCGGCGUUACUUUCUUGUCCUAUUCACCAAAAUCUUUUUUCAUAGAGGAGAAAGAAGAAAAAAAAGAAGAGAAAAAAGGAGGUUUAUCAUAAGGGAAGUUAAAGAAAAAGAUCAUAUGAGUCUCUUUCGCGUCCAGGAAUGGUCCACUCCUUCUGGGAAUCACAAGUAAGCCAUAGAGAGAUUUUAUUUUGUCAAUUUGCGAGGAUUUUGUGAUGCUAGUGAGACUAUAAUAAAUCACAGAGAGGGUACAAGUCUUUCCAGAAGGGACGAAGAAGAUGUGUUGGUCGCGCGCAUGGAGCUUUUUCACGUGAAGAAAGGAGAACCUAUAGCUCUAGCUGAUAAUCAAUAAACAACAACAGAAAGAAAAAAAUUGGGGGAAUUUAAAAAGCACGGCGCCAUAAAUUAACAAUCUUUCUUUUCUUUUUUUUUGUAAUGUUGUAAGUAAAAUAUUCUUUCUUAGACGUUCAAUGCUUUUUUAUACAUAUAUAUAUAUACAUUAUAAUAUUAAUUUAAAUGAAGAAAAGAGAAAUGAAACAGCUGAAGAGAAAUUUCAUGUAUUAGAAGUUAUAAAUAUAUAUAUUUAUAAAUAUAUAUAUAUUUAAAGAUGCCUCCUCGUUUUCUGACUUGGUAAUUUAUGAUAUACCGAGCGUGAAGUAAUUUAAAAAGAAAAAAAAAAAACAAAUGAAAACAUAUUCAGUAAGUUUUGAGAUAGAAAUCGCGUAAUAUUGAUAUAAAAAAAUUAAUUAUAUCUUCUUAAUUAUGUAAAAAAAAAACUUACUAAAAUGGAAUAAAAAUGUAGAUAAAUUUGA